UCUGACUCGGUAGAAUGCAUGGGAACCGACUGCACCAUCACCAUCUCCUCCAACUCAGUAGAAUGGGGGGAACUCGACUGCGCCAUCACCUUCCCCUGCACCUCAGUAGUCUCCCUGGAAAGCAAAUUCGCCAUCACCAUCCCCUACAGCUCAGUAGACUCCUUAGGAAGCCACUUCACCAUCCCCUCCGACUCAGUAGACUGCGUGGACGACAACUGCGCCAUCACCGUCCCCUAUGGCUCAGUAGACUUUCCGGAAAAGACGUGCACCAUCACCAUCCCCUUUGACUCAGCAGUUUGCGAAAAUAACAACUGUGAAAUCGCCAUCCCCUAGGACUCAACCCUGGAAAACAACUGCACCGGCCACAUCUCCUGCAUCACCCAGCGCCCCCCUGAAGAUUGCUCCGCCUUCUCCGGCCUUUCCCCUCCCUUCGACACGCCCUGUGCCGGCCUCGGCCACUGCCACUGGGAGUGGGGGGAAAACGACGCGAGCACUGCCAUGUGUGCGUGCAAGGAGGGGUACAAUACUGGAAAGGAGUCCACAACAUGUGUUCCCCUGCUCUCACAAACGGAAUGGGCUGUGUUGGAGAGUCUAACGGCUGCAUGGGGUGGCUUUGAUGGCAAUGGCACAUGGAAGAGUGGCAUCCCCUGCGAGAAAAUGAAUAACGUCAUAUGUGACGAUGCCAACCAGAUUGUAGCGCUUGACGUAUCCUGGCAAGGCAUCUGGGGAAACAUUCCAGACGCCAUCACUGGCUUGGAGAGCCUGAGUGUGCUAAAUCUGGAGGGUAACUACUUCACUGGUACCCUGCCGAAAGCCUUAGGCAGUCUAUUGAGCCUCGUGUCUCUGUCUGUCAGCAACAACUACUUCUACGCUGACACUCUCCCCAAGACAAUGUGCGAUGCGUCCGCCCUCGACAUGAUAGCCAUCUCCCUGCAGGGCAACUGCUUCAACUCCAGCGCCAUGCCCUGCGACCUCACCCACACCCAGCGCCAAAAUUGCUCCGCCUUCUGCGGCCUCUCCCCUCCCUCCACCGUGCCCUGUGACGGCCACGGCUACUGCCACUUGGUUGACGGCAAUGCUACGUGUGCAUGCAAGAAGGGGUACGGGCACGGAGAUAAUUCAAGCACAUGUGUCAACGUAUUGCCAAAAUCGGAAUGGCUCGCUUUGGACGCGCUGAGAGUGGCCUGGGGUGGCUUCAAUGGCUCAGGCACAUGGAACGAAAGCUUCUCUUGUGUGCAGAUGUUGCAUGUCAAGUGCAACGAGUACAACCACAUAGAGAAACUGAACGUUUCUGGGCUAAACAUAUCGGGUUUUAUUCCAAGCAGCAUUGAAGGCCUGUCGCACCUCACAUUACUCAAUGUGUCCAACAACGCUAUAGCGGGACCCAUUCCAGACUCCAUCAGCUGUCUAACGAAGCUCAGAAUCUUGGACUUGUCACACAACCAACUGUCAGGAGCUUUACCAAGUGGGCUCAACAGCUUGCUAGGGCUCAACAGCUCGCUAGGGGUCAACAACUCGCAAGGGCUUAGCCCGAAAGGGCUGUUGGCAUUGAACGUGAGCCAUAACUACCUCUACUCCAGCAGUCUGAAUGCCACCACGUGCAACUCAUCAGCGCAGCUGCUCUCCCUGCACAACAACUGCUUCAACUCCAGCGCCAUGCCCUGCAACCUCACCCACACCCAGCGCCCCAGAGAAAAAUGCUCUGCCUUCUGCCACCUUUCCCCUCCCUCCACCCCGCCCUGUCCUGGCCACGGUUAUUGCUACUGGAAAGGGGGGGAAGGCUUGGGCAAGGCCACGUGUGCGUGCGGGUCAGACUCCAAUAGGGGAGGCACUCUUGAAACAUGCGAUGGCCUUCCCCCAGAUUUAGAGUGGGCUGCACUGGAAGCACUAACGAAGGCCUGGGGGGGGUUUAACGGAAAUGGCACGUGGACGAGCGUUAGCGCGUGUGCCCGGAUGAAGCACAUAACCUGUGAUGCUGACAACCACAUCAUCAGCCUGUUAUCAAAUGGCUCUCAAGUUGUGGGAAGCAUACCAGCGCUUAUUGGGAAUCUCAUCCAUCUGACCGCAUUGAACCUUACUGGAAGCCAAUUCCGUGGGAGUCUUCCAACAACGAUUGGGCGACUUACCAAUCUAGUCCAGUGGGAUUUUCAUACCAAUUCGUUCACGGGUAAAAUUCCAAAGUCGAUCUCAGCAUUGCAACGACUAGAGAUUUUGGAGUUUGGUGACAACAUGUUCAAAGGCCAAAUUCCAGAUGGAGUCUGUAAUAUGACAAAGCUUACCAAGCUUAAUAUCUCGCACAAUACCUUUGCGGGAUCCAUCCCUGACUGCUUGUCGAACUUAACGAAGCUUAGUAUAUUGGACAUGAAUGACAACCGUAUGACGGGGCAGUUGCUUCCCAAUCUUAAGGCGCUGAAGAAACUCACGUAUAUGGAUCUGAGUAACAACCGUUUUUCAGGAAGCUUACCUUCUAGACUUACUUCCUUGAAGGCUCUCCGCACAUUGAAAUUGGACAACAACAAGCUCAGUGGAGCCCUUGCGCCACUGCCAAAAAACGUCAGAUUCAGCGCUCGUUACAACUAUCUCUCCCGUGCAAACUCGGUGACCUGCAAGAAGGGCUAUCUUGAAAAUAACUGCUUUCUCGAUAAGAAGCGCGUAUGCCCAAAGCUUCCUCGGCGGCCCAUGAAUGGUCGGCUCAAGAGUAGCAUAUAAGCUGACAGCACUCACAUGCCGUAAUGCAAACUUUCCGCUGCUGACCUCCAUUCCACACUUCCUCUCCACAUUCUGUGCAUCCUCCUGCAUUUCCUUCUCAUCCUCUCCCUUCUUACAGAGCAAAGCUACCCCCAGACCGACAUGAUUAUCAUCGAGUCCACGUUCACCCUCACCAACC